AUGGAAACUCCAACGCCAAAGAGAACCAUCAAGGCCAUCUCGCCAAGGUCCAAAAUUCCUGUCAAAGCCCCCAUCAAACUCCCCAUCAAGCUCCAGCACAACACAAACUACGCCCAAAUCACCUACUUCAACGUCCCCGACAAGCUGCAGCGCUCACCCUCGCUCAAGAGCUUAGACUCACCCUCACUUAAGAGCUUAGACAUUACGCGUCUCCCCGAGGACCUCAAGCUCAUCGGGCCCGAGAACUGGGCGCCCUGGUCCAGCGCCAUGAUGGCCGUCGCAGAGCUCUCGGGCUUCGACACGGCUGUGCUGGAAGAGAUGCCGCAGGCGGUGCAUGUGAGUUGUUGGCAUAAUAGCCAGAAGACGAGGGAGCAGGUGCGUGAGGGGAAGAUGUUGGGGCUGUUGAUCAAGUUUAAUAUUUCGGCGCAUAUGAAUGACUUGGUGAGCUUGACUAUGGAUGGGUAUGAGGUGUGGAAGGUGCUUAAGCUGUAUUGUGCGAGGUUUGUGGAAACGGAUCCGUCGAGGAUGCUUAAGAGGAAUGGGGGAUGUAUUCGCAUCUCGUGA